UAACGUGUUGCGAACGCUUUUUCUUGCUUCAGCAGCUUUGUCGCGAUAUUCCUUUACCAUUUCCACGAUUUUAUUGCGAGACUUUCUCCUCAUCUUUUUCGAGUCGUUACGAGAUUUUUUGUAUCCGUUUUGGUUCAGAUGAUGGUAACGGCCACCUUAGUUAAAGAUUGUGAUUUUAACUUCCUACACGAACAUUGGAUAAUCAUAGAGCCGGAACGGUUCGAGAUCAUUACGCUAGACUAAUUGUUAUGUUUUGCCAUAUCAAUUAGUGGUCUCCAGGGUUAAUUACAAACAGACUUCGGCGGUGUGUUGUUUGUUAGUCGACCGGUAAUUUGCACUGACAUGUAAAAUUUCUUGCUUUCCCGUUUGUUUUAUAAUUUGAUUUUGGCGAAAGACAAUUUCCGGGAACACUUGGUAAAGUAAUUACGCUUAUGGUUUUCGAUGCGUUCCGUUAGAAUCCGGCCUGCCGUAAUUUAUCAAAUUUGCAUUACUUACUAAAACCGUUUCGAGAAUAAUCGCGAAUAUUGAAAACUUCACGAGUUAAUGAUUGAUAAAGAUUGUGGAAGGCCUAAAAUAGCCCUCGUUUUGUGAAAACCGAACCAAGCGAUGACAGAAUGUGGGUCGACCGUAAAAUGUGAUCAAUAUUUACCACGUAAAACUUCACACGAGGACUCCUGGGACCUUCUCACUUGAAGAAUACACCUAAACUUUCACUUAUUACUUUUCGAUUUUCAAAUUUUCUGGUUUCGUGCCUAAAACUUUGCGAGCCUUGGUUGUAAUGCCCCCAUAAAUUCGAAACUUUUCGAGUUUGGCUACCUCUACGCUCUCUUGUUGAAGAUCCACCCUCUACUUACGAUAGCGAAAUUAAACAAUUGUGUUCGGUACAGGCAGUGCUCAUAAACUUUAUUAUUUAUUAAACGUACGUGUGAAUAUUUAAGGGGUUAAUCACAUGGUUCAACCGAGCAACAACAACAACGGAAGCUCCGACAUGGACUCGCUGGAGGACAUGCUGCGGAAGCUCUCCGAGUUGGAGCAAAGGGUUUUGGAAGCGGAGGGUCGAGCGGAAGAAGCGGAAGACAAGGUACGAAUAAUGGAACAAAAGCUGGCAUGGUCGCAAUCAAAUGACUCCAACACCCAGAUAUCGCGUCUGGAAGGAGAGAUAGAAGAGCAACGCCAAUUGAGAUUACACGACGCCCGCCAGGUCGAAGCUAAAGCCGCCCGCAUAAAGGAAUGGGUCACGAACAAACUUAGGGAAUUGGAACAGCAGAACCAGGUUUUAAGGGAGCAGAAUAUCAAGUGCAAUCAGCAGUUGGAACUGUUAAAGAAUCACAUAGCAUUGAGUGAUAGGAGAAGAUCGGAAAGUUGCUCUCCCGAACCGAGAGGUCAGGUCGCCGUCGGGCAGAGCGCGUCGAGAACCUCCCGACACCGCAGGCAUCAAUCAGUUUGCAUAUCUACAAAUUCAUUCGAACCAUCUGUGCCAAGUGCUAGCUUUAUAAACAGUAAUUUUGUAACUAGCAAUUCAAGUAUGGAUCCUCUCUCGGAGGAUUUGCGCGUGGCUGUCGAUAAUUUAAGUUUAGGUCGAAUAACGAGCGGUAGUGCCUCCGAUCCCGAUUUAGCGCACGAUUACGCUGAAAUAUACACGCCCAGUCGAGAAAAGGUUCCUUGGCCCAGGGCACCCACGCCGCCCCUCCAUCGAUUUCCUAGUUGGGAAAAUAGGAUAUAUCAAGUUGCCGCAGAUGGAUUGACGUUGACAGGCACGACACCUAGUGAUGUGGGACCCGAGCAGGCGGGUUACCAAGAUAUUCCAGUGCCUGUAUAUGCAACUGUCAAGGGAAGAGCUAGUCAAAUUAGGUCUAUGCCCUUCACUGGGGACUCUUCGGACGAUUCGAGCGAUGGCGAAGGCAACAAUACAGCGGCAAUCGACGGAACUAAUACUCACAGUAGAAGUUCGGGUGAUACAACAGGUUCGAGUCCUGGCAAACGAACAGCCUCGAGUAGCAGCGGGUCGCCGAGUAAAAGUAAAACAAGAGGCGUUUCAGAUACCUCAUUCGAGUCGGGUAUGUCAGAUGAUUACGCAGUGCCUCCAGACGCCCUUAGUUGUGAUACGACAAGUUUAGAAUCAUCAAUCUUGCGAACCUCGUUUAUGGAUAGUCCCAAUAAAAAAUCGGAGAGUAUAGAGAAGAGUGGAUCUUUAGCGAAAUUAGGUGGAAAAUUGAAAACGUGGCGGAAGCGGUGGUUUGUUCUAAAAAAUGGUGUUUUAACGUACUACAAGAACCAAAGUGAUAUUAAUAGGAAACCUCAAGGGCAAAUAUUAUUAGAUGAAAUUUGUAAAAUAACGAGAGCGGAUGGGUCCAAUACUUUUGAAAUUGAUACAGGGAAGAAAACGUACUAUUUAACUGCUGACUCGAUCACUGCAAUGGAAGACUGGGUACGAACCUUGCAAAAUGUACAGCGCCGAAAUGCGACAAAGUUAUUGUUAAGUAAGGAGGAGAAUAAGCCAUCCGUUCAAGGAUGGCUUACCAAAGUUAAGAAUGGGCACGCGAAGAAAUGCUGGUGUGUGUUGAUAGGAAAAAUGUUUUUGUAUUUUAAAUCUCCUACUGACACUACACCGGCCGGACAGAUCAACAUGCGCGAUUCACGGGUGGAGGAAGUUGAUCAUUUGUCUGAUUCCGAUUCCGAGGACAAGGAUGCUGAAUGCACAGAGUUGACAUUGGGCAUAUUUCCUAAUCACCAAGGACCGACCUACCUACUCUGCCCUGGUAAACAGGAAAAAGAUUCGUGGUUGUACCAUCUGACGGUUGCAAGCGGCGGGGGCCCUAGUAGUGGUACACAGUACGAACAGCUCAUCCAUAAAUUGAUGGAAGUUGAUGGCGAUACGAAUUGUGUACUUUGGAGGCAUCCCGUUUUACUGCACGUCCCGUGCACCAAAGAUGGAGCUAUUCCUUCCUACUUCCCACUCACAACUCUUCCAACCGAAGCACUACAGGCCGAAGCAAUUAAGCAGUUUAAGUGUCUGCAGCUGUUCAUGUCGGCGGCCGUCGAUCAGGCCGGUAUCGACUAUCACGUGAUAUUAGCGCAGAAUGCGUUGCAACAGUGUCUGGAUAUGCCAGAACUCCAAGCUGAACUUAUAUGCGCGCUUAUUAAACAAACGAGCAAAAGUUCGCCCCUGCCCAAGCUAGGAGUUCAGGUAUCUACACAAAAAUUGCUUAAAAAAAGUCAACUCCUACUUUGUGCAACACAAAGUUUAUUCACAUGUGAGACAACACCCAGUAUAAAUAGUUCAUCUGAACAACAAAUUUCAUCUUCCAAUAUACAGGCUUCUCAAGAAGAUAAAUACAAAGAACACAAGGAGUACUAUAAAGACCACAAGGAUCAUAAGGGACCUCCUAGUUAUACUUUGAUACAAGGAUGGCAAUUAUUGGCUUUGUCCGUUAGUCUUUUCGUUCCCAAAUCUUCAAGAUUGCUAUGGUUCUUGAAGCAUCAUCUCCAGCGUAACGCCGAUAACAGAACGGAGUGUGGAAAAUACGCUUCGUAUUGCGAGAGAGCGUUGGAACGAACCAUUUUGACAGGUGGACGAGAAUAUAAACCAUCCCGAAUGGAAGUUCUAAGUAUACUGCUGAAAAAUCCUCAACACCACGCGCUACCUCACUCAAUGCCAGUGCAUCUCCUCAACGGAACAUAUCACAUUUCAAGUUUCGACGGUUCGAGUACGGUGAAAGAGUUCCAAGACAGUUUGGCAACAGAAAUUGGCUGUAGGGCGACAAACGGCUUCGCUUUAUUCAGCGACGAUCCCAUUGAAAAAGACCUGGAACACACUCUCGACCCUUCGGCGAAGUUAUGCGACGUUAUCUCCAAAUGGGAGGUGGCCUUGCGAGAGAAAGGUCUAGGCAAAUUCGAAAAUACGCGAGUCAUAAGGGUGACAUACAAAAACAGGUUAUGGUGGAAGAAUAGCUCGAGAUUGGAAACCGACAAGGAACGUCUGUUGCUGUGCUAUCAAAUCAAUAAACAGAUAGUUGCUGGUCGGUUUCCAUUGAGCAAGGAGCUCGCAUUGGAGCUUGCCGCUCUCAUGGUCCAACUAGAUACCGGAGAUUGCAGUUUCGGCUCGCAUAAAAACACUAGCAUUAACAACACUUUAAACUUACACACGGCACAAAGUGCACACGCCCAACCCACGAGUACCCACCUGCAAUCGCUCAGCGCACAUCAAAGUCCGAAUAGUACGUUAAACGGAUCGAGCCUUCACGGAACUCUUAGCCCUAGCAACCUGCUGCAAAAUUCGAGCACGCUGACCGCUUUAAAUAGUGUACAUCACAUUCUUACCGCGCACUCGAAUCAAGCGUUAAGUGCGAUAGAUAAGUUCUACCCGUAUAGGUACAGAGAUCAGUUGAGUCAGGAGGCGCUCGCCGAUUUGCAGGCGAAACUGUUGGAGAAGUGGCGCGCGCUGAAAGGGCGGACGCAACUCGACUGUGUUAGGAUUUAUUUAACUUGCACCAGAAAAUGGCCUUUCUUUGGAGCUACUCUGUUCCAGGCAAGACUGCGUCAGCACGACUCCCCUAUGAUAUGGUUGGCUGUGAAUGAAGACUCAAUUACCGUACUAGAUUUAGCAACGAUGCAACAAUGCGUUCGUUAUCCCUAUACGAACGUCUUGACUUUCGGCGGUUGCCAGGAAGAUUUUAUGUUAGUGGUAACGCAAAACGAUCAGCAGCCGUCGCAGAAGUUAAUCUUUUCGUUGAGUAAACCGAAAAUAUUAGAAUUAACGCUUCUAAUUGCGGACUAUAUGAAUCUCCUCAUACAAAACCCGGGCACCCCUCUUUUAGGCACGUUAAGUAGGGGCACAAUGGUCUCCGUAAAUCAAUCGGUCGUGAACCAAUCGAUCAUCAAUCAGGCGAUCGUCAGUCAAAGUCAGCCGGAUAUUUUAAAGUCAACGCCCGAUCACGGUUUACAAAGGUCAGAUUCGAAAAGACGGACUCACAUUGAUUCCGGUCUCGCGUGAUAUUGUCAUAAGGUGGUAAGUUUUUGUUGCAACAACGUUUUAGUUUGUUGAGGUGUAAUAUUUGAUUGUGAUUUAAAUAUUUUAAAUUAUUUGUUGCUUUCUAACGCUAUGUGCCACAUAACUUAGAAAAUGGUAUGUAAAUAGUUUACUGUUUGUCUGUAUUUUGUGAGCAGAUGUAUAUACAGUGCGAUAGAUUUAUGUAACGAUAUCAUUUUUAGCUUUUGCCUGAGAAAAUACAUACGACAUAUUCAGUAUUUUUAUGAUAUUUUAUAACAUACAUGUACCUUUUCUAGUAAACUCUCUCUGUAGCCAUCAAUAUGGUGCAGGCUAAUUCUUAAUUUUUUAGUCUUCAUAAUCGUCAUUGUGAACGAAGAAGUCAUUUAAAUGUUAAACUAGUCUUACAGUUUCUUAUUUAAUAGUUACCAUGAUGAUAUUUUAAUUAACUGUUGACUUUCUAUGAUGAAUAGAUUCAUUAUCUAAAUAUUUUAUACAAAUUUAUUAUUUC